AGCUAAAAGCUGCACGUGAAUGCUUUGAGAUGUCGACGGCGUGGAGCUAAUUUAGGGUUUGAAGGUCUGCCUUUGGAGCUAUGGUGUUCGGGUGGUGUCAACUUUUGAUAACUAACUUUAGCUCCCGGUCCGGCCCCUCGAAAGACCUGCCUAAAUGUGAGUACUGCCAGACAAUUUUAAAAUGAUGCCAGGUUGGUUGGAACAUGCUUUAUUUAUCUCUCUCUCUCUUGUCUACUUCCUUUCGUUCUUCUGCACAAUAAAUAUACCGUCUCAGCACAACUCUCAGUCGUCAGGUCAACUGCCUCAAAUAUCAUAACCCAACAUUUCAGUCUCAUUUGAACAAUAUUCCCACCUAUAUUAAUUGCCUUCCAUACCACGCAUUGCCAUACACACCAUGCCCGCUCCAGAGCCUCAAGCAGCCACGGGCAAGCAAGCCAGCGAGCUCCAACAGCCGCAAUCCGCAUUUGCUAUUAUCUCGUCCCAGCGCUGCGCAAACCAACCCUACAGCGCCAAGGACAUGCCUUUAGCCGUGUCAACCCUCAAACGAGUGAAAGCCCGUCUCCAUUCCCUCGCUGCGUCCUCCAAGCUCCCAAGGAAAACCUGUACCUCUCCCGAAGCAUUUGCAACUUCACACCUACAUGCCCAGGUGAUCCCCAAGGCACCCCUCCUAAAGACGCGUGUUGAAGACCGACCUAAAGCCAUCGGCGCCUGCUCAUCAGAGCCCGUAGUAGAGACCGAGGCUUCCGUCCCGGCUAUCUCGAUACCAGCAGACAUCAAGGGACCCAUCCCCACUACCCCAAUACCAGCAGAAACCCAAACCAUCGACGACUCCCCCACCACACUAUUCGACGUCCACAGCACACUACUUGGCCGCACCGCCACGCGCUACGCCGCUGCCAGAGCGUUCAACCUAGGUCUGCCGGCGCCGGAUAGGGAUGAGCUAGUUGAACUUUGCGAUGAUAUUGCGAGAAGGGAGAAGAAGCCGGGAAUUACAUGGUCGCUUGAAGGGACGUAUGUGCCUCGUGGGGUGCCGAGGGGGAGGGUGACGAGAUUUGUGGAGACGGGGUUGUUAGAGGUGGAGGCUGAGAUGUCGGUUGAAGCGCAGUCGGAAGAAGAGGGCAGCAAGGAUAUAGAGAAGAAGGAGAGUUUUGUGGCUCAGGUGCCACUCAAGAGCGGUAGGCGCCGAGUGAGGGGCUUGUGGAAGAUGAGGAAACGAGGGAGGGAGUUGGGGACGGGCUGUCAGGGGAGGUUGGUGAAGGUUUGA